AUGGCCAAGGCUAAGUUUCUCACUUUUCCUUGCACAAUCUUGUCUCUUCCUCCCUUUGCUAUCAGUGUGGACAAUGCCACCAUCCUCCAUGUCAUGCAGGCUCACAACCUCAAUGUAAAUGAGUCAGAACUUCUCACUGUUCCUGAUGGAUGGAAAGAACCAGCCUUUACAAGAGAAGAUAAUCCUAAAGGGCUCCUGGAAGAAAGCAGCUUUGCAACUCUGUUUCCGAAAUACAGAGAAGCUUACUUGAAAGAGUGUUGGCCAUUGGUGCAGAAAGCCUUGAAUGAACAUCAUGUGAAUGCAACAUUGGACUUAAUUGAAGGUAGUAUAACUGUCACCACAACUAAGAAGACUUUUGAUCCAUAUAUGAUCGUCAGGGCAAGAGACUUAAUAAAGCUUUUAGCAAGAAGUGUUCCUUUUGAACAGGCAGUACGCGUCCUUCAGGAUGACACUGCAUGUGACAUCAUUAAAAUAGGAUCUCUAGUGAGCAACAGAGAGAGAUUUAUAAAAAGAAGACAAAGACUCAUUGGGCCAAAAGGAUCCACUCUGAAGGCUCUGGAACUGUUAACAAACUGUUAUAUCAUGGUUCAGGGGAACACUGUUUCAGCUCUGGGACCUUUUAAUGGGCUAAAAGAGGUUAGAAAAGUGGUCCUGGACACUAUGAAGAAUAUUCAUCCCAUAUAUAACAUAAAGACUCUCAUGAUUAAACGGGAGCUGUCAAAGGACCCUGAACUAAGAACACAAAGUUGGGAACGAUUUUUGCCUCAGUUCAAACACAAGAACUUAAACAAACGCAAGGAGCCAAAGAAGAAAAGUGUUAAGAAGGAAUACACGCCUUUCCCUCCUCCACAACCAGAAAACCAGAUUGAUAAAGAAUUGGCAAGUGGUGAAUACUUCUUGAAAGAAAGCCAGAAGAAACGAAAGAGGAUGGAAGAGUUAAAGGCAAAACAAGCAGAAUCCUUUAGAAGGAGACAAGAGAAAAGAAAUAAAGCUUUUAUCCCUCCCAAGGAAAAGCUAGUUGUAAAACCUAAAAAAGCUUCUACUGAAACAAAAAUUGAUAUUGAAGCAAUCAAGGAAAAGGUGAAGAAAGCAAAGAAAAAGAAGCUGGGAGCUCUUCCAGUGGAAGAAGUUAAAUUAAAGAUUGCAGCAGAUGAAAAGAAAAAGAAGAAGAAGAAAUGAUUUGCCAGCUGGAAGACCUGCAUUUCUUUUACACUUGCAAAGGAACUGUUUUUGUACUUUGAAGAUUUAAGACUUGGGGUUAUCAGCGUUGCUAUACUGCCAGUGAACACUGAUGAAAAGAUUCAAAAACAUGUUCAUGACAGAGAGACUAUGUUGGGGAUUUAUGGACCUAAAUAAGCAGUGUAAAAUCUUUGGAGCUUGAAAAGGAAAUCAUUUGCUAUCCUCUCUGUCACAUCGUAAACAACUGAAAAGGUACAAUAGUAUCUUUUCACCAUUCACAUCAUAUGUGUGAGAGCAAUUAGGAGUUUCAAACCUUACAUGAAGAUUCUUAGUAUUGCAUAAUACAAAAAGCAAGUUGGGGAAGGGGGGUUGGUACAGAACGCUAAACAUCAGGCCAUAAGAAUUUGUGAGGAAUAUGUUAGGGGAUUGGUGUUUUGGGGUUUUUUUGAAGAAAUGUUUCUCUAACAGUAUAACAUGCUUCAGAUAUGGAGAUGUUAAAUCUGAUUACUUUUGUAAAAGCCACCAGUUGUAUUUUUAUAUAUUAUAUGUCAUUCUGUUUAUCAGAGCUAAUAUUUAUUUUUUCAUACGUGUGGUGUAUAUUUCUUAACUAUUUGUCUUCUACACAUUAUAAUGUGACUGCAAUGUAAGUUUCCAUGUAGGGUAUGCAGAUACCUAUCAUAAGACACUUGUUUAAUUUCUUCAGUUUAUGGAAGCAGAUUUGAAACAAACGAAGCAUUAUGAAAGAAUACAAAUUUCGGGGUGUGACACUGACAUUUUAUAUCCUAGCUCUGGGCCAAGGGAAUAAAAUAAUGAAGGAGAAGUAACUGCUUGAGAAACAUACUAAUAAAAAACUGGCAAGCCCACAUGUAACUCACUGAAUAAUAGAAGUACUUAUGUAUAUAUUAUUCCGUUAAAAAUUAAAGAAUUUUGGAACAAUUAUUAAGCUGAUCAAAUUUGAACAAGGAUAUGGCAGUAUCAAAGCACUAUGUAACUAAAAUUUUGGUCUUACUCUUACUAAUUAACUUGUGAAAAUUAAUGGUUACAAUUUAAUUUAUUUUUCUUAAGAGUAGCAUGCCUGCAUCAUGCAACAUAUGGUGCCACCAUCAGAACUGCCCUUUAUUAAGUCUCAAUCCUUAAUUUAACUUUUUGACUGAGUAGGUGUGACUGAUUUCUUUGAGGCCCUGAUGACUCAGAGGGAAUAUCUAUAAACAUUAGAAAAUCUUAAUGUGGAGAUUAAACGGAUCAUAUGACUUGAUCAGACUGAACUUGAAGGGGAACGAGACAUGAUGCAGAGAUUUGCCCUUUGGAGUUCACUGCAAGAUAAGUACCUAAUUUUUUGAGCCCUGGUUGUAGAUGGUUAUAUAUAAAGUAUCUCUUAACUUUAAUUUUUAAGCCAUUUUACUCCAUUUUUUUGCUAAGGCCUUGUCUACAUCGGGGUGAGGAGGGAAUCGAUCUAAGUUAUGCAACUUCAGCUAUGUGAAUAACAUAGCUGAAGUUGAAGUUCUUACCAUGGUCAACUGCUGACGCUCCCCCUGCAACUCUGCCUGCACCUCUUGCCCCGGUAGAGUUGAUGGGAGAGCACUUGGCAGUUGAUUUAUCAUGUCUUCGCUAGAUGCAAUAAAUUGACCCCUGCUGGAUCGAUCACUCCGCAGGUAAGUGUAGACAUACCCUAAGGGACAAUAAUAUUCUAUACAUUUUCUUUGACUAAGGUAUGUAGGCCUUUCUCUUAAUUAAAGCUUUUGUUUUGUAAAA